AUGUUGACUGUUUCAGGUGAAUGUCGAGAACUGUCGUUUCCAGAUUCCUUCUCCUUUACAGCUAAACGUUUGCAGAACCACGCAAUAAGAACUCAGCAGGUCCCAGAUGUAGAUAGCUGCGAGCUUCUUUGUUUCUUGGAAUCUAACUGCGUCAGUGUUAAUUUCAAAAAGAAAACAAGGAGCUGUGAGUUGAACAAUGCAACUCAUCGAGGGUAUGGUUAUCACCUGGAAGACGAUGCCGACUACGUAUACCAUGGAGCAGAAGUAAGAGUACAUCAUGACAUUUACAUUUAGAUUUAGAUUUAGCCAAGCCAAAAGCGAAGCUCUCUUGGAAACUUUGAAGAAAUGUCUUUCCGAAGUAAAGUUUUCUAAGCCUGCGAUCAGUUGAAUACCGUAACUAGGCAGCGGAAAAAUUAAAUAAAACACGUCACCUCAAUGAAUUUUUCACCUGAGCCCGCGAUACAGUCAUGUGACACUGGUCAACAGAUACCCUAUUGUGACAGCUGUCAAUAGAUCAUAACAUGGAUGCGAGCAUUUCACAUCCGCUAACAUGAACAAGCGGAAGUACGAACGGACGAUUUUGUCGGAACCAAAUUUCUUGGACGCACAGGUUGCAUGUCUACCAUUUACAAAAAGUUUCUAGGAAAUCCGGUUGGAUAAAGUAAAUGGAACAAAACGUUUUGGGUAGUUCCUGCGGAUACCCACACUUUCUUUCCUGUAUUCAGAUCGGAUGCAGAAAUAGACAACAGCAUGUCUACUCGGCAGAUUUAGUCAACACAACGGCAAAUGUGAACAUGAUAGAGCCCGGAAAGCUGAAAGCGAAUUGCAGAGCUUUAAUUAGCCUCUCUGCCAUGGGUCAUUUGGGUUUUUAGAUCUGCGCGAGCCUAUGUCGCUGUCGUCACAUUGUCUAAUUUGCCAUAUCUGCCGACUGUCAUUUGUUUGUGGAGGAAAUUUUCGCAUGUCUUACCCAGACAAGUUUCGCUUUGAUUACUUAGAUUUGCUACAUCAUUUAAUACCUUUUCAUCUCAUUCACCGUUCAUUUGUUUCUUGAAAGAGUGCUUGUGACGUCAAUCCAUGCCAUAACGAGUCUACCUGCCAGUCGGGAUUUACAGACCAACGGUAUCGUUGCGUAUGUGCGCCAGGUUUUACCGGCGAAGAUUGUGGACAGGGUAAGAAAAAAUGAAUUGAAAACGAUUUUGUUUUUCUACCAUUCCUGCUCACACCAUUACCUGUAGGAUGCCGCGGAUUAAGAAUUAUUUUAAGGGCCAGCUUUGAUUUCAUUUGUUUUUGUUGGGCAAAAGAAGUAAAAUAACGCUAGGGAGUACUCUGUAUGAACCCUUGCUCACAACUUUGUGAGGUCGUCAGGACGAACGAAAGCGUACCUGGGGACAAUUAAGGGGGCAGAACAGACUCGUACCGAGACGCUAUAUAUGUGUUUUGGGGUGAGAGAAGAUUGGGGGUCAGGUUGAGGCGCGUGCGGGGUGUCAUGGGAAGGGGCGAAGGAAAAAUAGCGUCCCUUCCCAUGAGACCUCACGCGCGCCUCAACCUAACCCCCAAUCUUCUCUCACCUUUUCCCCUCACCUCACACACAGAUUGUAGCUACACACGCAAUUUUUUGUUACAAGAGUACAACUGACAAAGUACUUUUUCAUGACUUAACAAAUGAAACAAUGAUUAUUUGUUCUUGGUUCAGAAAUAUUCUGAUUCACAGACUGACAUGACUAUGAAUUAGGCGUUGUUUCGAGACAAUUCAGUGGGAUCGCUGGGCUGUUGUUUGCUUGCUAGCUUUAAGCGAGCACCUUCUUUCAAAUUUAAUAGUCCCGUGUCGUUUAUUAUUAUACAGAGUUUUUUCCUUAUCUCAAAUAUUUCAAUUUGCCCAGAUAUUGACGAAUGCAGUGUCUUUUCUUCCAUCUGUGAUAUAAAUGCCAUCUGUCGGAAUAGUGAAGGAUCUUACCUAUGUUCAUGUAAGGAGGGGUUUGCUGGUAAUGGCAAGCUUUGCAAAGGUAAAGCGAAUAACCUAUAACCUACUAAAAGUAUAAUAACCUAUUUAACAAAAGUGUAGUUGUAUUAUAAACAAUUCUUAACUAUACGUGCGUCUAUUGAGGAAUAACUAGACCGAUUUAAUCAUACAUAUUAGACCAAGAAUUGAGAGGACAAAUAUGGAGAGGGAAAAAUCAAUGUAGGGAUAUGGUAGAUGGGUUGAAAGGAUUUGCAAAACAUUUAAAAAGAAAACAAAACUAACUACCUGCAAAUAUUUCAAACACGUCUGAAAGUGUUUUGUCUGACAUCAAGACGCUCAUUGACAGAUUCUCUAUAGAAGACGAGUGGCAGUGUUUCGUCUGAUAUUCAAUCACCGAAAUUUAAAAAACACGCAGGAGAGGAAGUGUUAAAUCUGACAUCCCAGCAGUGACUGCGUGUGUUCAUAAACGAAUGACAGAAUCUCGUGUGAUAUCCAGACUCUCAGAGGUGAUAUAUCAAACAGAUGAAGGAGCGUUUCGUCUGAUAUCAGGACAUGAAAAGUGAGACGCGAAUCACCAGUGGGAGUGUUUCAUCCAAUAUCCGGCCACCAGUGGAAAUAUACAAAACACGGAUGGGAGAGUUUCAACUGAUAUCGAGACACAAUUGAAGUUUUUAAAAAGAGUCGCGACCCAUUUUCCCCGUCGAUUUUGAUGUUUCUGAAUAUUGGUUGAAACGGGUCAUUUUAGCAGGCGCGGUUUUAUAUAGUUCCUCAAAUAAUCAGCUCUAUUCAAGUUUUAAAGAAAUUCAUUCUUCGAAAUUCGAAAAAUGCUAUGACGAUCAAUAUUCCAUUCUUCCAUUCCUCCAUGUGUUGUUAACGAGUUUCAGAGACGCCACCUAGAAUUUAUAAAAUUACUAUUAAUCGUGUGUUUGAUUUUGCUGCAUUUAAAGAAUACAAGCAGGCAUACAUUUCGUCAUAUUUUUUAAAUGCAAUAAGAUGAACAUAAUCUGUUGCUCAUUUCCCCCAGCUUACGAAACCGUUGGAUGUUAUAAGGACACCGCAAAUCGAACAAUCUCAAGUCUAGAAGGACAGGACCCAAUUUUAGAUGGACCAUUCACGGAACGAAAAAACGCCAUUUCCAAAUGCGCGUUGGUUGCCAUCAAAGCGGGUUUCAUUAUUUUUGCAAUUCAAGAUGGUGGUCAGUGUUUCUCUAGUGCCACUGCACCGCAAACGUUUGACAAAUAUGGAGAAUCAAAUGAUUGUCAGUCUGAUGGGGAAGGAGGAGGGAUGGCCAAUCACGUUUAUUACAUCAAAGGUACAAUAGAAAAACUGAGAAAAAAAUACCGCUCAGGGGAGGAGCAUUACCAUAUAUGGGCUAUAUAGGUUUAUUGUUCAUCCAAAAUAUUUCGCCGUCUCUGAUUGGCUCCAAUCUUCAGGCUAUUUUUGAUAAGCAACUGGCGCUUACCAUAUUUGGAAGAUGCGAGUAAUGUAUCAGUGAGGCGACGGUAUGUUUAGGUUGUUCGAUGCUAUAUUUGUCUGAAAUCGAGGCUGCUUAAGUGACAGUAAACUAAUUACGCGGGAUGACGUAGUCAGCCAGCGUCAUAAAUUCGGUUGCGCAUUCCUUUCGUAUUUUUUGGUUAUUAAUUAGUACCAACGCAAAUUCCAUUUUUGAGGAUAUGAUAGCGUUGGAUGCUACAGAGAUACCAGCGAUCGAGCAAUUCCACCCCUGGAGUUGAUGGAUCCUAUUUUGGACAGACAGUACAAAGUUCGAUAAAAUGCUAUUGCCAAGUGUGCAGUAGCUGCAAUAAGAGCAGGUUACGGUAUAUUUGGUGUUCAGGAUGGCGGAUGGUGUGCAUCCAGUGCUUCAGCUUCACAAACAUUUGACAAAUAUGGGCAAUCUAACGACUGUGGAGCUGACGGCGAAGGUGGACCUUGGGCCAAUCAUGUUUAUACUGUAAUAUAGGACACCUCUAUGGGUACCUGUGUACGUCGCGUUCGUCGCGAAACCCUAAGAUCAAAAUUUUAAUUCUCAUUUGUUACCCCUAUUCAUUUCCUACAGAAGUAGUAGCGAGAAGUAGAUAAAAUAUCAAAUAAAUUAAUCUUGGAGUGUGUAAUCAUGUCCGUAAUCCUCAUAACCACUCUGUUUUACAAAGCAUUGAAUUUAUUUUACAAGGAAAAAUUUCAUGCUGAUCACUCUUAGGGCUUAAAGGGUUAUCCUUUAAGAUCGUCCUCCAACCAAUGGAAUGUCUUCCGGCUCCCGGUCGGUUCAAAAGUUUAAUAGUACGUACGGUCCACCGGAUAAUUCAGUUUAUAUCAGGUUGAUACGUAUUGGGAAAUCCAAUUGUGUUAUCCACUGGACAGAGAUUAAGAUCAGUAGAGAAUGAUCUGUUAAUUAUAUUAACACCCGUAAUAUAAAUCAACUUACUCUCCUGGAUUAUCCUGAAAUAGCCUUUUAGAGGUGUUUCUAAGCCCAAUUGCAUGAUGACGUCAUUUUACUACAACUACCAGAAUCCCUCAGUUUGCUGUUUUCUUGAGCAAAUUAAGGCUUUUGUUCUUUAAACUUCAGCGGAAUUGACCAAUUUAAACAAGAAAGUAAAGACGAAAUGAAUUUUGGUAGUUUAAGUCAAACAUCGUCAUCGUGAAAAUGACCUAUUGAAACUUGAUUGCAAAAAUUUUAUGAACUGUGUUGUCAAGAACCAACGUACAUAAGUGUUUUUUUUUUUGUAAAUACUAAAGAAAAAAACUGAAUACUAGGAAACGAAUAAAUUUUUCUGCUUACAAGGAGAAGAGAUUACAAUAGAGCAAAAGGACUGACUGAUGUAUUCACUAGAUUAAAAUGAACAAGUUGUAGAAAUUUAGAAUUAAGCAAAAAUCAAGUACCCUAUUUAACAGAAUUCAUAAACUUGCCACUCGCCAUAGGACAAUCAGUUAUGAUAAUAUAAUCUCCUAUGAGAAGUUUUAUUAAAUUGAUAUUACCCAGAAACGACUCUGAUGCCUUCAGAACCUUGGAAAAUUUCUUUGGUGAAACUGAAAAUUAGAACCUGAACUGGAAAAACAACUUUCUCCCGCGUAAGAAAAAAUAUUAGUCAGAUUAGUUGACAGGUCAAUAACUUUCGUUACUCAAGUCACAGACUGUUAUUUGUGUAGUUGCAACAAGUGAUAAUACUGUUGCCCUUCUUUUCCCAUCUUUAACUAUAUCGCUACGUUAGUCUGGUAUACCGUAAAAAUCCUAAAAUAAGCCCCGAGGCUUAUAUUUUUCAAAGGCUCUUUUUUAGGGGUUUAUUUUGGGAGGAGCUUAUAUUCGGAGAGGAUUAUCUAUGGAGGGAAAUUUGUGUUUCAGAAUCGAUUGAGCUAGCCUUUUAGUUGAAAGUAAAUUUACUGUUUUUGCUUUGUUUUACUUUGUAUUUGAGGGCAAUUUUCUAAGUACAAGCCCCCGGGGGCUUAUAUUUGGAGGGGCGAUUUAACGGAGGGUUUUUUGCGUUACGAUUUGGGGGAGCUUAUAUUUGGAGGGCCUUAUACAUGGAGGGGCUUUAUUUUCGGAAUUUUACGGUAUUUUAUUAUUAUGAAAAUCUUUAUCAUGCCAAAUUUGGUGUCUUAAUUAUUUUCUCCGUGCAUAUAAAUUAAAAAAUUAGUGAAUGUUUCAGACUCUUAUAGACUGCCGCCUGCGGACCCUUAUUGAAUCGAACUUCCUGAAAAAAACAUUAUCAAUUUGCAUCCCAUGCAUAUUUUGAAACUCUGCCAACGACCAAGAUAACACCAUCAAAAAAGAAUAUCGCUCUUACCUUUUCAAAAGCAUUUAGCUCUUGAGUAGUCAAACAAACUUUCUCUGCAACCAACGUAGAAAAUCAUGACCGCAAAAUCCCGGUUCAUUUGCCAAAGGAUCGGCCUAUUAACUGAGAAAAUAAGCUGAACAUGUAGAUAUGGAGAAAAGCCAGACCACCUCUUUUCUGCUGAGUAAUUUUCAAAGAAUACAGGUGGGGCAUUUUCUGUAAUGAAUAUUAAUGAACUUCAAUUAAGCGUUAAAACCUUGCCGACCGUCUUCGGUCGAUUCGUAGCCCCUGGUCACGCAUUUUUUCGUCUUGAAUACCUGUUAUGUUAAAAUAGUAGGCCUCGUUUCAGCCUCUUUGCAAAUGUCUGAUUUUAAAAUCAGUCUAUUAAUAAUAUUUUAAGAUAUUUCAUUUUUUAAAGCCUGGUUUAACAAACAUGCUGUAUUUCUAUCGGAGUGAUAUUACCUCAACCUCCCAUAGAGUCUUAAAUUACACUGUAAAAGAUCGUCAGAAAACCGCGGUAUUGCGCCUAGAAACUAUAGGAGGAUUGUAGAGAACUGUUUAAAGGCUUUUCAGCAUACAAAUUCUCUAACUGUUGUAACACGACAUGUUUGAUCUAAUUUUCAAACUGAAUUCGAACUUCGGUACAACACUAUGUCGAUGAUAGCAUGCAGCUGUUUAAUUUUUAACGUGUGUCCACAGCAGGUGGAUUUAGAAGCAUUAUUAAGCAUUAUUAUGUAGGCGUUUUCAUUAUAUAUUGGAGUGUGUCCACAGCAGGUGGAUUUAGAAGCAUUAUUAAGCAUUAUUAUGUAGGCGUUUUCAUUAUAUAUUAGAGUUUUAACUUCCGUUCACCAGUUCUGGCUACUUAAGUGGUGAUGUGCGCUGGUCGGUUCAGAAGGCGAUGAGUUGACAUGCAAGAAAUAUGAACUCCUUUCUUCGCGGUCAAAGCGUUACCAUUUUGUUCUUGUCAUUAGAACUUUACUUAGCUUACGUGGAAGGUUAGUGCUGCGAUUUUAGUUCUUUUAAGUUAAACGCUUCCAUUUAAAUAUCUUUGGAUUACUUUAUAUCAUGUCUUGGUUAUAUGAAAAAAUUCUAAUUUUCUUUGUAUGGAACGAGCAUGGUUUUCAUUUUCAUCCACUGCACCUGUCUUUGGCUAAUUUCUUUUGAGUCUGCCCCUUUUUGAACCAUUCUCAACUAUGAAAUAAUAUAUAGAUAUAAACAGAUUUUAAAUUCAUAUGCACCUAUUUUCAACUUAAAUAUUUUCUGUCAGAUUCCUUCUUUAACUUAGCUGUUAAUUUAUUCUUCAAUAAAUGUUGCAAUUUCUGCACAAUUGGGUUUCAACACUCUUCUAUCACAUGAAACGCUUACCUUCUGCAUGAAUGCUCUUUGAAUUUCUAAAAUAAAAAAAAUAUAUAUUUAUUACCCAGAGGGGUAAUACGUACGUCCCAAGGAUAUUGCUGUUUCAGGUCAUAAUCACUUCUGUGAUGCUGUAGUCAUUACUUAGUGCUUUUUUAAAUUUGUUUAAGUACAAAAUACUCCUAUGUACUGGUUAUGAAGACAUCAAACAAGUAGAGGGGAGAAGUGACGGCGACGGCAACGAGAACGGCAAAAAAGCAAUAGGUUCAGAUUGGCAAAACAACAACUUUGCACCUGUAUCACGCUUUUUGUACAUUUCUUAGCCGUCGUAGUACGACUACAACGUGAAACUUCCUAAUUUCACGAGAACACUUUAUAAACUAGGUGGACACAACACAAUUUCUUUUUCUUUUUCUUAACGUAAAUACGUUCCUUUCGGAUUUAACCCCAGAAAAUUUAGCCAACAUUUGACAAAUUAAUUCAAACUGAACGAGAUCGAUGAAGUCUGAAACAGUUUUACGUGACGUUUCCCGGCUUGUUGUCAUCCAGAAAUUUUGGCAACGUGACGUAACAACUUCUAAUACUAUACUGUCGCAAUUUGUAAUAAAUCUAUGGCACUUUGUAAAACCUUAGCCUGCGAACAGCAGACGCAUUUCCGAUCGUCGCUUCUCUCCCUCCGAAAAAUAGCGUCUGCGAACCCGAGCGGCAAAACGAUUUCCGUGACGUAAAACCUUUUUAGCCAUUAACGAUUUAGCUCCUAAAAUCAAGGAACUACCUCGCGAGACUUCUCGCAAGAUCGUGCGCGGUGGAUGUGCUUACGUAGCUUGUGUAUAGCCGCCCUUUUUUCUCAGAUCGACGCGUUAACGAAAGUUCAUUUGCCAGGAUCGUGGGACUGAUUGAUGAAAUAAGCAUCAAGAGGAUUCACAUCGAAGAAAAAAUUUGAGGACAUUUUUUAUCUAUUUGCCUACGGAGUCAAUGAUAUCACACCUAGUUGUUUUGAUCAUAUUCGAAACGAUAAAUGUUCUAAUGAGAGUAGACGCAUCAUGCCGUUUGUUGCUUCUGUUCCUUUCUGGUUCCUGGCAGGAAAGUAUGCUUCGGAGAACUCUUCGAUAGUUUGUCGUGUGCCGCUUUAGACAUUGUAUUUUUUGAGUAGAUAUUCUUUAUCUUUGAAAGCUAGGACGUGUGAUAAUUGAUUUCCCAUGCGUGGUUGCUUCUUGGUUCAGACAGAACUUUGAUCAUAUCGAAAGCGUUUUAUAUUUGUUCUUAUAUUUCUUUGAAAUCAUGUUCUUUUCAAGGUUUUAACUUCCAUAGUUUUUUGCGAGGUGAGUCGACGCGUUGUAGCUGAAAUUGCAUCUUGACUAUAAUCUAUUUACUGCUGUAACUAUUUAUUUCAUGCUGGGUCUAGCCCAGGUUUAGUUUAUAAUAUUUCAGAUCAUUGUGUUGUGGCGAUCCUAGAAUUAUUAACGAGCGAUUGUCAGAGAUUUCUGAAUCAGUCAAGGAUGUGUCUGUAUAAUUAUUGAUUCACCACCUUUUGUCAGCGCUGGUCAUGAAAUUGAAAUAAAUAAGUCUGAGCGCAAUGUCAUUAAUUAAGCUAUGUUACUUUCCUUUCGUUAUAGCGAUUAUUUUGUCCAGGUUUUUUUUUAUGUCACGUACUACUGUAUUUUAUAAAGCGAAACCAAAAGCCCACAUUACAUACAUAGCUUAAGAAGCAGUUGCUUCAUAAAGACGUCAGCAUUCAACGCCGCAGGAAACCUUGUUAUGAUCGCGAAAUUCACGUUCCAAAGCGUUGUUGGUAACUCUCGCCGAAAUCCUAGACGCUUCAGCGCGCGAGGUCGCGAGGAGUCACUCGAGUCUUAUUCUAUCCUUUGAUCUGAUUGGCCAACAUCAAAACAAAAGGUUCACGUCACGGAAAUCGUUGUGCCGCUCGGGUUCGCAGACGCUAUUUUUCGGAGGGAGAGAAGCGACGACCGGAAAUGCGCCUGCUGUUCACAGGCUAGUAAAACCUUAGUGUCGCAACUUGUAAUGAACCGUGUCGCACUUUGUAAUAAAAAGGCUGUCGCAAUUUGUAAUAACUGUCCAUUGCACUCUGUAAUAAACUAAGCUGUCGCAAUCUGUAAUAAUUCCAUCGCACUUUGUAAUGAACUUAAAUUGUUUUCUUUGGUCAAACAUGCAUGUCUUCCGACAUAAUUUUUCUGCCUUAAUUAAUCAUUAAAUUAAAUUAAAACUUUAAUAAAUACUCCCCAAAAAAGGUUUUUCAGUACCUAUUUACAAAUAUAAAUGCAAGCUAUAUCUAACAAGCUAAUAAUUGUUAAAUGCUAACUGUCAUUCGAUCAUUCAUUCAUUACAAGUUUCAGGGCUUUCUUAAAGGCCUUGACAGUUGUAGCGUUUCUAAGGUCUUCGUCUAACGUGUUGCACAGGGAUACUGCUCUAUAGGCAAAGGUACGUUGGCCAGUGGCUGACCUGAAUAAUGGGAUUUCGAGCUUCUCAUUAUUACGGGUUGUGCGAUUAUGUACAGAAGAUCGUUUUUUAAACUUAGCACAUAGGUAUUCAGGAGCUAAAUUGCUGGCACACUUAUAAGCCAUAACAGCGUCUCUGAAUUUGAGCAUCUUGCUAACUGGAAGCCAGUUGAGUUCGUCAAGCAAUGUCGUCACGUGGUCAUAUUUCCGAGCGCCGCAGAUAAUUUUGCAGGCGAAAUUCUGAAUAAGUUGCAGCUUUUGGAUGUUCUUAGAUGAGGUAUUAGACCACACGGUCGAACAGUAGAGUAUUUUGCUAAAGACAAGAGAUGUAAUAAUUAAAACCAAAGUCUUUCUAUCAAAACAAUAUUUCACGCAGUUGAUCUGAACCAGUUUAGUCAAGCAAGAAGAGACUAAGUGGGAGAUAUGAGUGUCAUAGGUCAGGUGUAAAUCUAUGUAUACUCCUAGAUCUCUUGCUGAUUCGACAGCCAUAAGAGUCUUUCCAAUAAACGAAACAGUAAAAUUAACUGAAUGUUUACUUAUCAUUUGCUCGGUGCCGAUCAACAUGAACUUCGUUUUCUCAGGAUUUAUUAACAAAUCAUUUAUUCAACACCAGGUGGCAACAUUGCGCAAAUCAUCUUCGAACUUAAUCACGUGACCAACGAGAAGCCAUCAUGGCCCUUGCUUUUAUGAAAGACAUGAAACUUCCUGUGACAUGUUAUCAAAAAAAAGAUAUGAGUCAUUUGAUAUAAUUGAAUUAAAAAAUAUUUAAAUGACAAAAGCAACAUUUAACUACAGAAAAUUCAUGAAUAACCUGGCAUUCGUCGUCCUAAUCCAUGUUUGCUUGCCACGUGACACUUGAAGUCUUCGGGGGUGGAGGAGGGAUAAUCCCAUAUACAUGUAUGGGCUGGGUAGGUAAGUACGCCCUUUCCCUAGAUCCGCCACUGUACAGCCCUAUAAAAUUAAGGAUACUAAUGCAGUAUUUACCAUCUUUGUCCCCCCUUUGCAGCAUAUAUUUGCCCAGAGCAAAUUUGAUCUAUUUUUUUGUGCAGUGUUUUGUUCAUGUGCGUGGACGGAUGUUGACUGUUUCAGGUGAAUGUCGAAGACUGCGGUUUCCAGAUUCCUUCUCCUUUACCGCCAAACGUCUGCAGAACCACGCAAUAAGAACCCAGCAGGUCCCAGAUGUAGGUUUCUGCAAGAUACUUUGUUUGUGGGAAUCUAACUGCGUCAGUAUUAAUUUCAAAGAGAAAACAAGGAGCUGUGAGUUGAACAAUGCAACUCAUCGAGGGUAUGGUUAUCACCUGGAGGACGAUGCCGACUACGUAUACCAUGGAGCAAAUGUAAGAGUAUAUCAUAAGAUUUAGACUUAGAUUUAGAUUUAGCCAAGCCAAAAGCGAAGCUCUCGUGUGAAUUUUGAAAAAAUGUCUUUGUGAAGUAAAGUUGUUUAAGCCUGCGAUCAGUUGAAUACCAUAACCGGGCAGCGGAAAAAUUAAAUAAAACACGUCACCUCAAUGAAUUUUUCACCUGAGCCUGCGAUACAGUCAUGUGACACUGGUCAGCAGAUACCCUAUUGUGACAGCUGUCAAUAGAUCAUAACAUGGAUGCGAGCAAGUAAGGCAUUUCACAUCGGGUAACAUGAACAAGCGGAAGUACGAGCGGAAGAUUUUGUCGGAACCAAAUGUUUUGCAUGCAUAGAAUGUCAAAAAGUUUCUAGAAAAUCCGGUUGGACAAAGCAAAUGGAACAAAACGUUUUGGGUAGUUCCUGCGGACGAUUUCCAGGAGCAACGGAACAUCUGGAAAGGCUUAGUCCUGUUUUUCCCGACGGAAUAUUCCAAACGGAAAUUCGUGUUGCAUUUCUUAAGAGUCACCCUUGAUACCAGCUUCAAGGUCGUUUUUCAGUAAAUGGAAGUGAUUUGUACAAAUGGCAAAAGCGGUUGCAGGACGAAAUUUCCAAGUCCUGAAUUUUGCUUACCAUUUGCCUAAACUGUGGACCGAUAAAUCGAUAAAUCACUAUCAAGUACGCCACAAGAUUCAACUGUAAAAGGUUUACUGGUAAUGCUCUCACCUAGCUUCUGACGCACGUCCUUAGGAGUGCGUUCCUUUGGGAGGAUCUAGAUCAGGAUCACUGAUCCGAGAUCACUCGGAUCAUGGUAGAUCAAGUGAUCCGAUGACUACUUAUCCAGAGUGGAUUCAUCGGUUCAUUUGAUCUACCAUGAUCUGAGUGAUCUCGGAUCACUGAUCCUGAGCCGGAUCAUCUCAAAGGAACGCCCCCUAGGACUCUGGGCUGGCAUAAACGCUUGGCAAAGCCCUCCCUGGGAGGUUUGGACUCACCCUUCCGAUUUCAACUGAAAUUAUAUAUUACUUAUUAACCGAGAGUGAGGUCAUUACAGGCAAAUCUCAGACCGCGAGGCCUUGAUGUAUUGACCGAACGAAGGCAACGGCAAUACAUCAAGGCCGAGGUCUGAGAUUUCCCUACAAUGACCAAACGGACGAGGUCAAUUAGUAAUAUCAGUUAUAUGGCCUUUUCAUCAUGGACUGCCUCAGUCAGCAUGCGAUCAGUUAAAACCAACAACUGGACAGCAAAUAACAAGUUACCUUAAUGAGUUGUACACUUGAACCCGCGACACAGUCAGGUGGAACUGGUCAGCGGAUGUCCUUUUUUGACAGCUGUUUGUAUGGCCAUAGGGAUGUCCACUAUUGUAUAUGCCUUGGAAACCUAGCUAGUAAUUCCCAGUCAUUACAAGAAAACAGCCAAUCAGAGCGCGCAUACUAUUGUAGCCAUGCAAAAAAUGAGCAGAGGCUUUUUUUGAAAAAGUGCACCCUUAAUACCCACAAGUUCUUUCCUGUAUGCAGAUCGGAUGCAGAAAUAAACAAAAGCACGUCUACUCGGCAGAUUUAGUCAACACAACGGCAAAUGUGAACAUGAUAGAGCGCGGAAAGGUGAAAGCGAAUUACAGAGCUUAAUUA